AUGAAACUACCAGGAGAUUGCCCGUUAGCUCCGCUGUCUAUGGUAAGAUUUGGCAAAUACUACCCAUGAGGGUAAUUUUUGUUGAAAACUUGCGAUAUAUCGAGAUAUUAUGCUAAAUGUGCUGAAAUAUCGCGAUAAUGAGCAACUCUGUCGCGAUAUAAAAGUGAGUGCAGUUUAUCGCAGUCUCUCGAUAAAACGCAGUAGGCAAAACUAUCGCGGUAUACAAGUCAUUUAGCGUUGUACAUACCAGUAUGUCAAUAAACCGCGAUUAAUAUUUAUCGGACUUUAUCCUGAUAAAGUACUAUCGCUGUAUGUGUGAUCUUUAUCUCCAAAAGCAAAAGUAUCGCGAUAAACUCCAAUAAAUUUUUAUCGAGUAUUAUCGUGAUAAAAGGGUCAUCUCGACAAGAAGCUAAAAGUAUCGCGAUUAAAUUUUUAUCCCGAUGGAUAAGGAGAUUAAUUUUCCCGUAUUUUGUCCCGAUAUGAAAGAACAUAUAUGUUCUUUCAUUUAUUGCUAUAGCAAUAACUAGUAAGAUUACCCAAGAUAACUGAUUCAUCUCGAUAAUUUCCGAGGAAAAUUAGCGUGGUUUUUAAAAACCACGA